AAAGAACCAGAGAUAACCUCGAGAAACACGCGAUCUAUUUUUGACCACAAUUCAAGUCAUCCGAAAACCAGCAGGGACACACAUUAACACACACCCAAAACCGACUUUCAACCCUUUCACCUUUUGGUAUAUAUAGAACGAUACGAUGCGGAAAUUCGUGAGCGACAAAAGCUGUAGGAAACUGCUUCACCGUUCUUUUCAGAAUCUCACACAACACCUACACCUACAGCACCAUCACCAUCAACAUAAAGGUCCUCUUUCCUCUGUUUCACAGUCACGUUUCCUGUCCUCUUCUUAUUCUUCUAUGGCUCCCAUUCCUUCUUCAAAUCCCUCUGCUCCUCCUGUCACCCUUGACAACAUUAACCCCAAGGUUCUCAAGUGUGAGUAUGCUGUCCGUGGUGAGAUUGUCACCCUUGCUCAGAGGUUACAACAAGAGUUGCAGGUUAAACCGGGCUCUCUCCCCUUUGAUGAGAUACUUUACUGCAACAUAGGAAAUCCUCAGUCUCUUGGUCAGCAGCCAAUAACUUUUUUCAGAGAGGUUCUUGCCUUGUGUGACCAUCCAGCCAUUUUGGACAAAAGUGAAACACAGGGUUUGUUCAGUGCGGAUGCCAUUGAGCGAGCUUGGCAGAUUCUGGAUCAAAUACCUGGAAGAGCAACUGGUGCUUAUAGUCACAGUCAGGGUAUCAAGGGAUUACGUGAUACAAUUGCUGCUGGUAUUGAAGCUCGUGAUGGUUUUCCUGCUGAUCCAAAUGAUAUCUUCUUGACAGAUGGAGCAAGCCCAGCUGUGCAUAUGAUGAUGCAAUUACUGAUAAGAUCAGAAAAGGAUGGAAUUCUUUGUCCCAUUCCUCAGUACCCUUUAUACUCUGCUUCAAUUGAUCUCCAUGGUGGCACACUGGUUCCUUACUAUCUCAAUGAAGCAACAGGAUGGGGAUUGGAAGUCUCUUCGCUUAAGAAGCAAUUGGAGGCUGCCAAGUCCCAAGGCAUCACAGUUAGGGCUUUGGUUGUUAUAAAUCCUGGAAACCCAACAGGGCAGGUUCUUGGUGAGGAGAACCAGCGUGAAAUUGUGGAAUUCUGCAGGAAAGAAGGUCUUGUGCUACUGGCAGAUGAGGUAUAUCAGGAAAAUGUUUACGUUCCUGAGAAAACGUUCCACUCUUUCAAGAAGGUUUCUCGGUCUAUGGGAUACGGUGAGGCGGAUAUCUGCCUAGUAUCAUUUCAGUCAGUCUCUAAAGGCUACUAUGGGGAGUGUGGAAAAAGAGGAGGUUACAUGGAGAUCUCUGGAUUUAGCCCUGAAGUAAGGGAACAAAUAUACAAAGUGUCAUCUGUAAAUCUUUGUUCUAAUAUCUCGGGUCAAAUUCUUGCAAGCCUUGUCAUGAGCCCACCCAAGGUCGGUGAUGAGUCAUACGACUCAUACUGUGGGGAGAAAGAGGGAAUUCUAUCAUCACUGGCAAGGCGUGCAAAGACACUAGAAGAUGCACUUAACAAGUUAGAGGGAGUAUCAUGCAACAAAGCCGAAGGGGCAAUGUACCUGUUUCCCCGUAUUGAGCUGCCACAAAAGGCAAUUAAAGCAGCAGAGGCUGUAAAUUCGGCACCAGAUGCGUUCUAUUGUCGCCGCCUUCUUAAUGAAACUGGAAUUGUUGUUGUUCCUGGUUCUGGUUUCGGACAGGUUCCCGGCACCUGGCAUUUUAGGUGUACAAUACUGCCCCAAGAGGACAAGAUUCCUGCCGUUGUCUCCAGGCUAACAGACUUCCAUAAACUAUUCAUGGAUGAGUUCCGUGACUGAGGGAUUUUGCAAAGCAAUUCAUUGCCUUUAAGAUAAUUCACAAUAAGGUGUACUCGUUGGAUGCACAUGGACGGGUUUUUUCAUACAUGUUAAUCCUUUUUUUUUGGGGAGAGGAUUUUUAAUUUUAGUACUCUCUUGAGGAGGAUAAUAUUUUUUGUUGGUUGAUUUUGCUAUUAAAAGUAGCAUAUUUGAGCACCACCCAGGGAGAUGGCCUAAUGGUAUGAAGCUCUUAUAACCCAUCA